AAAGGCUGUUGAAAUUCAAGAAGAUGCAAAUACCAGUACCUGGCCUCUAUGCAGGGUGAAACGAAUCUGGAAGAGCAGUUCACAGAUGGGUAUGAGCUCGUUCGAAGAAAUUGGAUCAGGAGGGAGACAAGCGAAUGUUAUUGGCCUGAUGUCCUUUCCACAAAACAUUACGACAGGGCAGUGGAAGCGAUGGAAGACCCGAAACCAUCAUGGAAAACAUUUUGCAUAAAGAAAAUAAUAGCCAGAGCAAAAUCAUUCGGAAGAGGAAAAGAAAAAUUGAAAGAAGCAGCCACCAGAUCUGAUUUAUCAAUGGAUGCUGAUAAUGCAAUGAUGGCAAAAAUAACAAGGCAUUCAAGGGCCAUAAAGCGGCCUUACACGUCCUCAUCAUCAGAAUGUAAUGAUGAUGAUGAUGAUGAUGAUGACAAUCCAAUUCCACCAUUGCCAAAAAUUCCUGACAAUAUUACUCAAGAAAAAGUGCCAAAAAGAAGCGUAGAGGAACCUCCAGUAAAAAAUAGAAAAAAAAGAAUUAGCAUCUUCAAAUUUGUGUAGACCUGCAAGUGUUGCAGAAAGCCCUAAAGAGUGAAUUGUCUGAUCGUGUGGAAGUGAUCAAGCUUCCCAGUGCAGUGAGCAAUGGUCGAGACACUCCAGUCAACUAUACAGGCGCAGAAAUGGAUGCUCCUCUCAAUUUUUCAUUGAAGCCAUUCUCGUAUCCUGUUCCUUGCGAUAAUAACACACUUCAGUCGCUGUCAUCGUUAUCCCAGUCUCUGGGUACUCCGCCCCCUGAUAGAGUUUCAUGAAACAAUCCACAUGUGUUCUGCAGAAUCGCUAUAAGAGUCAUGUAGUUUUUUGAAUAAUAGAGCCUUAUUAUAAACUAA